AUGAAUGUUAACGGAAAGAGAAGCUAUCAUUCAAUUUCAUCUCCUUCCCCAUCAGCCCCAAUUCUUCAAAACAAGACAACACUCUCUCCAUUACCAUUACCGUUAGGCAAAACCAAAUCCCUCUUCGAAAUCAUCUCCACAAACCCUUCCCUUUCCGUCGAAAAAUCCCUCGAAGAUUCCGGCAUCGAUGUCACACCACAAGACGUCGAACAAGUCCUCAAGCUCUCCUACCGCUUCCCCGCUCAGGCGGUCAAAUUCUUCCGGUGGGCCGGUCACCGCAUCAACCACAACCACACUCCCUACGCUUGGAACCUCGUGAUUGACAUUUUAGGUAAAAAUCGUUUAUUUGAUGCAAUGUGGGACGCUGUUAAAUCCAUGCGGCGAGAAGGGUUGCUUUCGCGGUCGACUUUUGCUUCGAUUUUCGCUAGCUAUGUUAAUGCUGGGAGAAUUGCUGAUGCUGUUACGACUUUUGAGGUUAUGGAUGGGUAUGGUUGUGUUCGGGAUGUUGUUUCGUUGAAUUCGUUGUUGAGUGCUGUUUGUAGUAGUGGUAGGACUAUUGAAGCUUGUGAUUAUUUGCAAAUUGGGAAGAAACUUGUUAGGCCGGAUUCGGAUACGUAUGCCAUUUUGAUGGAGGGUUUGGAGAGUGAUGGGAAUGUUGUUGGUGCUAAAGAGACUUUUGCUGAAAUGGUUAUUGAGAUUGGUUGGGAUUCGGCUAAUGUUCCGGCUUAUGAUUCGAUUCUUUGUACGGUGAUUAAGGGGCCGGAUGGAAUUCGUGAUGCGGUUAAGUUUUUUGAUUCGAUGAGAGAUAGGAGAUGUUAUCCGGGGGUUAGGUUUUUUAGAGUUGCGCUUGAUGAGUGUGUUAGGUUUCAUGAUAUAAGGAGGGCGGAGUUUUUUUGGGAUGUUAUGUUGGGGAAAACCGCGUUGCAGCCGACGACAGCUAUGUAUAAUUCGAUGAUUUCUUUGUAUUGUUAUCAUGGUGAUAUUGAUGCUGCUAUGAAGAUGCUUGAUGGAAUGGUUUAUAAGGGGGCUUUUCCUGAUUCGCUUACUUACAAUUUGUUGUUUAGGUUUUUGAUUAAAGGGAGGAAAACAAGGGAGGCGUCGAGGAUGUUUGUGGAGAUGCUGAAAAAUGAGUGUUUGCCUGAUCAGCUUAACUGUGAUGCGGCGGUUAAGCUUUAUUUGGAUAAGGGAGAUCCUGUUAUGGCUAUCAAAAUUUGGAAAUGUUUGGUUGAGAAUUACCGUGAGGAUUUAGAGGAUACUGCUAAUCUGCUGGUUGUAGGGCUUCGAGAUAAUGAUAGGGUCCCCGAAGCAGUUAAGUAUGCUGAGCAUAUUAUUGCUAUCGGAAUCAAAUUAACUUCUUCUACAUUGUCGAAGCUGAGACAAAGCCUUGUCAAAGAAAGAAAAGAAUUUGUGUAUGAUGAACUUAUAGCAAAGUGGAAAGCGGCCUAUUAG